GAUGAUAAGCUUAUCUUUGUAAUUAGCACUGAGCAGCAGAGAUGUUACCUUAUAUUCAGAGAAGGAAGUGUUUUGAUAUGAGGGUGUUAGCGGUUCAAUGGUCAUCCGACCUGUAAAUGUCUAGAGGUGCUGUGAAAGAACUGACAGCAAGAUGGGGAAGUUAUUGUCAAAAAUUUUUGGCAAUAAGGAGAUGAGGAUAUUGAUGUUAGGAUUAGAUGCUGCUGGAAAAACAACUAUUCUAUACAAACUUAAAUUGGGUCAGUCAGUCACAACAAUUCCUACUGUAGGAUUUAACGUGGAAACAGUGACAUACAAAAAUGUUAAGUUCAAUGUUUGGGAUGUUGGAGGACAAGAUAAAAUACGUCCAUUAUGGAGACACUACUACACGGGCACGCAAGGUCUUAUAUUCGUUGUUGAUUGUGCUGAUAGAGACAGAAUUGAUGAAGCAAGACAAGAGCUUCAUAGGAUAAUAAAUGACAGGGAAAUGAGAGAUGCAAUCAUACUAAUAUUUGCAAAUAAGCAGGACCUUCCAGAUGCUAUGAAACCUCAUGAAAUCCAGGAAAAACUGGGACUCACUCGAAUAAGAGAUCGUAAUUGGUACGUCCAACCCUCAUGUGCGACUACAGGGGAUGGCCUGUAUGAAGGACUUACGUGGCUGACCUCAAAUCAUAAGUUAUGAACCUGCCUGUCUCUUUUCUUAGAAGAUUUAUUAUAUUCAGUUUGAGUCCACCACAAUAAAUAAUUGAAUGUGACGGUAUGGUUGACAGAGCUUUAGCUUCAAGCUGUGUAUCAACGUGUGUGCUUGUGGAAGUCCAUAAAAGAAGUCUCAGAUAUGUGAAACAUGCUGCGUAUUGAAACAAAACUGUUAGUUCCUUCAAUGUAGGGACCUAAAUUAUAUAUAUACAAUUUUAUUCUGUGGUGAAAGAUAGUGCUGGUCGUUCCAGUGUCAUGCAUAAUGGUUCAACCUAAAUGUCUAAGAAACUGGAAUUCUAACUGUAAAAGAACAAAUAUUAUUAUAUUGUUUGAGUAAACAGAUUGCAGAUAUAGUUGUAUGUACUUCGGUUAGUUGGAUGGAUUCUCUCUUGUGAUAAUGUUGGGAGAAAGUGGUUUUGUUUUCAUACGUGUAACCAAAUUUCCAAGUGGCCUUAGAAAGUUGAAACUCUCAUUUUUCCACUAUCAUUAGUGGGUUAAAAUAAAAGUACUUACCUGAAAGUACUUUUGUUUUAUAAUGACUGUUACUGUAUCUCUAAAUUUUGUGCUAUUUUAUUUAGGAAGGUAAAACCUUUCAAAUUCUAACUUCCAUAAAUUGUCAUGCCUGUAAAUUCAGAAUCUUAAUACAGUAGUUAAGCAGUAUUCCUCCUCUCUAUCCCAGUUUCUGAAUUUUCCCAGUUGUGGAUCUCUAUUCUCUCUUGUCAUUGAAAUGUAAUGUGUUGUUACAGUGUAACAAAAAAUUUAAUAUUAUUUCAUUUCUUAUGUUACAAAACUGUGAAGCACAAUUAAAAGUUAUGAACUCUUACUAUCUCAUUGACUGUUGCUAUCAAGAGGUUAGCUAUUUAAAAAAAAAAAAAAAUAAUUUAAAUGAAGACAUUUUGGAUUACUCCAAGUGAAUUUUUUUCUUUUCCCAUUGCAGAGAAUUUUUAGAAAUAUUUAUUAGACUUAAGAUCAUAAAUCAGUGUUUGGGAUUUGUGUGUUAAAAGUGUGUUUGCUCUCAUGCACCACACGUCUUUGCAUUGUAAUUUUGAGAUAAACAAAUAUGAGUGCACAGACUGCCCCCUCCUGUGUUGGUUACAUUGUGCAUUAACUCAAGUAUGUUUCUCACUACUCAGCAA